AUGGGGAAUAGGCAUUUCAAAUAUUUCAACAUGUGGAGUAUGGAUCCAGAUUUCAAAGAUAAAGUGGCUGAAAGCUGGAACAAGGAAAUUAAUGGAACAAAAAUGUACCAAAUAGUAGGGAAGGUAAACAGAUUAAAGAGAGUAUUAAAGCAACUAAACAGAACAAAAUUCAGCAACAUAGAAGGAAAAGAAGAACAAGCUAAGAAGGAUUUGGAGGAAUGUCAGCAACACACACAACAAAAUCCCCUAAACCAAGGUCUUAUUGAAAGAGAGCAGCAACUGGCAAGCAGAUACAGGAGAAACAAGAAAGCAAGUGACCAGUUCCUGAGGAAGAAAAGUAAAGUACAAUGGCUGAAACAAAGUGACAAAAACAACAAGUACUUCCAUAGCUACAUGAAGGAAAGAAGAAAUGCUAAUAGGAUCUUAUCUAUCAAGGCUAAGGGAAACAGGGUGACAAAUGUGGAAGAGAUAGUAGAGGUUUUUGUGGAAUUCUAUUCAAACUUGCUAGGAUCUACUACAGACAAGAGAGAACAUGUUUACAGUCCACUGGUAAGGGAAGGCAAGAUAGUAACAGAGGGGCAAAGACAAUUUCUGACAGAAGAAUUCACAGAAAAAGAAGUCAAACAAGCUUUGUGGAAAAUAGAUGGUGAGAAAGCUCCAGGACCAGAUGGGUAUAGGAGUAAAUUUUUUAAAGAUAGUUGGGAAAUAACAGGUAAAGCUCUGAAGGAGGCAGCACUGGAAUUUUUUGAAUCAGGGAAACUGUUGAAAACAAUGAACAGAACAGUUUCACAAUUGAAGACUAUUCUACCAGACAUAAUUUCAGAAAAUCAAAUUGCUUUUGUAGCAGGGAGAACAAUCAUACAGAAUAUUCUAAUAUGUCAAGACUUGGUUAGGCUAUACAAGAGGAAGGCAGCAACAAAAAGUUGCCUGAUUAAAAUAGAUCUCAAGAAGGCCUAUGAUUCAAUAGAGUGUGAGUUUGUGGAAGAAAUGCUACACGCUCUAAACUUCCCUAUGAAAUUCAUUAGGUGGAUCAUGGAAUACAUCUCAACACCACAAUAUACAGUGGCAAUCAAUGGAGGAUUCUAUGGAAAUAUAAAAGGGAAGAGGGGUCUGAGACAAGGAGAUCCAAUAUCUCCUCUACUCUUUGUAAUAUAUAUGGAGUACUUCUCAAGGAUAAUGAAGCAUGUAACACAGAUGGAGGGGUUUAGAUUCCACACCAAAUGUAGAAGCUUGCAGCUGAAUCAUUUAUGA